CGCAACGAUCACCGAUUGCAUUUGUGAACGUGUUGUGGCCAAGAUGGUUUCUGGUUUACUGUUUCUAUACGCCAUAGGAUUGCUUGGAUUUUCCAGCGCUGGAGUGACCAACAACAGGAUCGACAAGUUCGGUUUAAACAACGAUGGAAGCUGUAAAUUGCCCGACGUUCUUCUGAAGGAGAUUCACGGAUAUCAACCGAUCGUAAACAAGAUCGUCGAUAAAGUUGUGAAUGGUGAAUUUGCCGGCCAAACCUGGGACAGGCUAGCGGAGCUAGUCGACACGUUUGGGUCAAGGGUUGCUGGUAGCGUGCAAUUAGAGAAGGCAAUUGACUUUGUGAUCGAAAAAAUGCAAGCCGAUGGGCUGGAAAACGUGCACACCGAAAAUGCGUCCGUACCGCACUGGGUGCGUGGAUACGAGAGUGCGCAGCUAGUAAAACCCUUUAGUAAAAAUCUUCCUUUACUUGGGCUUGGCAGCAGUAUUGGAACACCUCGGGGAGGCAUAAUUGCAGAAGUGCUGGCAGUGGAGUCUUUCAGCGAAUUUGAUAAAAUCUCUGAAGAGAAAGUUCGUGGAAAAAUAGUCGUGUUUUGUCCACCUUGGGAAGGUUAUGGUAGAACGGUGGUUUAUCGCAGCCAAGCUGCAUCCGUUGCAUCUCGGAAAGGGGCCGUAGCAGCGCUCGUACGAUCCAUCACACCCUUUUCGAUAGGUUCACCGCACACGGGUCAACAGCACUAUCAGGAUGGCGUAAAAAAGAUUCCAGUCGCUUGCAUUACUGUUGAAGAUGCCCAAAUGUUGUUGCGAAAGUACCGCCGCGGAGACAAGAUGGAAAUUCAUCUUGAAAUGGAGGACAGGCCGAUGGGAUCAGUUAUUUCGAGGAACUCGAUCGGCGAACUUGUCGGAACAAUCUACACGAACACUUCUGUUGUCGUUGUGUCCGGUCACCUAGACAGCUGGGAUGUUGGAGUCGGUGCAAUGGAUGACGGAGGCGGAGCUUUGAUAUCCUGGAAAGCUCUUACGUAUUUGAAAGCGAUGGGAUUACGACCACGACGUACUAUUCGUGCCAUUCUGUGGACUGGUGAAGAGGAAGGGCUUUAUGGUGGAGCGGCUUAUAAGGAAGCACACAAACUUCAGGAACAAAAGGAGUUUAAUUUUUUCUUUGAAUCAGACAUAGGAACAUUCGAGCCAAGAGGACUUGAUUUUGUUGGCAACGCAGACGCCGAAUGUAUUUUUCGAGAAAUUGUAAAGCUCAUGUCCCCUUUGAACGCGACGGAAUUCGAAACCCCUACUGAUGGAGGACCAGACAUAAGCCACUGGACUACACGAGGGUUUCCAGGAGCAUCAUUGCUCAACAAAAAUGAAAAAUAUUUCUGGUUCCAUCACUCUGCAGGAGAUACCAUGGCGGUUGAAGAUCCAAGAAAUCUUGAUAAAUGCGCGGCUCUUUGGGCAGCUGCGGCAUAUGUCGUAGCCGACCUAAGCAUUAACAUUCCAAAGGAUAUUCAAGAGUAAAAGAGACCAAUUACAAUAAGUCUUGAUAUGGAAAACAA